AUGAGGCUUUUUGACUUAGAUGCUGCAAUCCCCAGUAGUAGUAAAGAAUAUGGAUCUGAAUAUAUCAACUCUGGGAACCUGGAACAGUUACUAGACAGUAACCUGCAUUUGCCCUGGACUGUGAGGGUGAAACUGGCCUAUGACAUAGCAGUGGGCCUCAGCUACCUUCACUUCAAAGGCAUUUUCCAUCGGGAUCUCACAUCGAAGAAUUGCCUGAUAAAGAAGGAUGAGAACAGUUACUCUGCAGUGGUGGCUGACUUUGGCCUGGCGGAGAAGAUCCCUGAUGUCAGCAUGGGGAGUGAGAAGCUAGCCGUGGUGGGCUCCCCUUUCUGGAUGGCACCUGAGGUUCUUCGAGAUGAGCCCUACAAUGAGAAGGCGGACGUGUUCUCGUAUGGCAUCAUCCUUUGUGAGAUCAUCGCCCGCAUCCAGGCUGAUCCAGACUAUCUUCCCCGCACAGAGAACUUUGGGCUGGACUAUGACGCUUUCCAGCACAUGGUGGGAGACUGUCCCCCGGAUUUCCUGCAGCUCACCUUCAACUGCUGUAAUAUGGACCCCAAACUGCGACCAUCAUUUGUGGAGAUUGGAAGGGCCCUGGAGGAAAUUCUGAGCCGCCUGCAAGAGGAGGAGCUAGAGCAGGACAGGAAGGUGCAGCCCCCAGCCAAGGGACUCAUAGAGAAAGGAAUUGGGAUGAAGCGACUGAGCUCACUGGAUGACAAGAUUCCCCCCAAGUCUCCACGCCCGAGACGUACUAUCUGGCUGUCUCGAAGCCAGUCAGACAUCUUUUCCCGUAAACCUCCACGUACAGUGAGUGUCUUAGACCCCUAUUAUCGGCCACAACGAGGUGCUGCUGCGCGCACCCCCAAGGUCAACCCUUUCAGUGCUCGCCAGGACCUCAAAGGUGGCAAGAUCAAGUUCUUUGACCUGCCUAGCAAGUCUGUCAUCUCCCUGGUAUUUGACCUAGACGCACCAGGGCCUGGAACUGUGUCGAUGGCUGAUUGGCAGGAGCCCCUGGCCCCACCUGCUCGCCAGUGGCGAUCUUUGCCUGGUUCACCUGAGUUCUUGCACCAAGAGGCCUGUCCAUUCAUGGGCCGAGAGGAGUCACUCUCUGAUGGACCUCCACCACGACUCAGUAGUCUCAAGUACCGAGUAAGAGAGAUCCCACCAUUCCAGGCAUCUGCCCCACCAGUUGCUUCAGCUCAUGAGGCCAUGGACUGCUCGAGUCUCCAAGAAGAAAAUGGUUUUGGGCCCAGGACCCAAGUGACAAGUCCAGGACCUGCAGUUGCCUUAGAGGAGAUGGAAGUUGAGGAAGAAACACCAAGAAGUUUGGCCCCAACUCCCUUCUCCACCUCAGGCAGAGGCUGGCAGGCCCAAGAAGAAGAGGAUGGGUGAGGGGGUUUAACCCCCUGCUCACCUUGGGGUUGAACCUUCAGCUGAAGCCAUAGGCCCCCUUGGUGCACAGCCUUGAUCCUUCCGUGGAGCUCAUAGUGCAGGCAAGCUAGCCUGGGCCAAGCUUAACAUUGGGGCUCUCAAUGCCUAAUGGCUAUGUAUGAGAGGAAAGGUAGCAGUGAGAGGCCUUACUAGCUAGGGCCAACAGCUGAUACCAAGCUUCUGAAAUCCAGCCAGGAGCUCUAGCUCCCAAAUGAUUCCCCCAAUACAUUUCCCCAGACAGGACCAGAGAACUCCUAGUUCUAGGUUAAGCUGGCAGGCAGCUACUACCCCAGGUUCUUUCUCACACACCAGGUCUGUCUUUUGCCCUUUCCUGGGGCAUAUAAGCUACCGGAUGGAACCUGGAGCUGACCAGGAAGCCAUAAAAGUCACGGCUGGUUUCUCAGAUCUGAAGACUGGGGUGCUUCUUGCCAGUAUGUCUAAGACACUUGAAUAAUUGCUGUUUGCACUUAACUGCACAGUCAGACCACAUCACUACAUAUCUAUGCAAGGGGAGGGCAAAGCAACAUGUAGUGGUCAUGGCUCUUAGCUAACCUAUUCAAAAACCUUUUCCAAUUGAUUAAUCUAUUUUCCUAUUUAUGAAGGAGUCUUAAUGUUUUGCCCUUAGGACUUUCAACCUUGUGGUUGGGAGUGGGCUGGUUCUGUAGGCCCUAGGGCCUGCUUUAUAUAUUUGUCAACAUGUGCUAUACUGAAUGGUUAAAUGGUUUAUACAUGGACUGAAUUUCUUCCCUUCCGGAGCUAUGGGAAUAGUCUGUCCUUACAGAGGCACAAUAAGAAAUAACCAAAGAUGAAGCUGGUCAAAUAUUUUCAUAACUUGUUUCUGUUGAUUUCUUUUUUAAAAAAAUUUUCUCAAGACACGUUCAGAUUUAAAAAUAAAUAAAGAUGGUGUUA